UCCUUCAGUUCGAUGGAACGUCCGAAAACAUGAAAUAAUUUCCAUAGACGAACAAAUUAACUUAUCGUUUAGAAGGUUGAAACCCUUAAAAAUCUCUUGUUUAAAAGAAUUAGAGGUGGAACUUUGAGGAAAGCAGUAUUUACUUAUUGCCACGGUUGGAAGUUUGUCCGACAAAGAUGCCAAUUUCUUCGUUUCACGGAUUAAGAAAGAACUCCGUUCCAGCAAAUUCGUGGAAUAGCACCAGAACUUCUACUCAGAGAAACCCUUCGUGCAACAAUCAAACAAGCAAUAAUGCAAGAAAAAGACACUUCGGUGUGCCGCGAUUAUGGGACAACGAAUAUGACGUUGGGUUUGCGAUAGACAGGGAGGAAGGUGAAGUUAGAUAUUCCAAGGGUUACCCUGAUGGAUCGCGAAUUUCAAGAAAACUCUCGGCAAGUUCUCGACCCAGAAGCGCGCGCCUCGCCGAUAGAGGCCUAAAGAGGCGCGAUACUUUCCCGCCGCGAAUUGGUGCAUCGCGCAUGGAAGGACAAGAUUACAAAAGAAGUAAGAGCGAUCCGUCAAUUACUGCAGAGAAGAAGCGAAGAAAAAGUAGCGGUAAGUCUCCCAAAAGGCCAUCGUCUCUUUGGACAGCCGGAAAGAGGGGAGAAAGUUAUCCGUCCACUUUGCGCAAGAGGAAGGUCAACAAUUGUUUAUCUCCGCCAUCUUUUUCUCCGCCUGAUGGAAGUUUAAAUGGAAGCCCUUCAAGGAAACGGCCAAAUAAAGGAGACAGAGUCGUGUGUAUUUUGAACAAGAAGCCUCAGCUUGGAAUUCUAAAGUACAUCGGAACAACACAUUUUGCCGACGGCGAAUGGUGUGGAAUCUUAUUAGACGAAGCUUCUGGGAAAAACGAUGGAUCUGUGAAAGGAGUGCGAUAUUUUCGGUGUAAGAAUAAACACGGAAUAUUUGUUCACUCGCACAAGGUCAAAGCUGCCGAUGAUAUUACUCUUUCUCGAUUAAAUUUGCUGGAAAGCCCUUGCAGUCCACAAUCAGCCGAGAGAAAGGUCAGAACAGGUGUAAAUAGCGGGCAAAGCAUGUCUUCGAGCGACGUAGAAAUCGUCCGAGGCGGCCACAUGGCUUUUAAACAUCGCGACGUCAAGUCUCUGAGGUUAACCAAGAGGAAUCGUUCAGUGUCCUUAGAUAGAUACCUGUUUCUUAAAGCUAAACAAUUGGCCAAGGGAUUUAACAUAUUAUUACACAACGUGGAAAAGGACGGGAAAAUAAACACCUGGGACCAGAAUCGAUUAAAUCGAUGCCGCUCGCUGCCUAAAAUUACCAAAGAAAACUUGUGUGAUUCAAACGAGUAUUGUUUGAACAGUGACAUGGCGCCUUUGGAAAAGAACGUUUGCCAGGGAGAACGGAUAUCCAGUGGAGGCGGCAAAAAAGUUGAUCUUUAUAAUAAUCCCGCAAAAGUAACAGAUGUGCUCAGUUCUGCAGAGGGAGGGAUGAACAAUUUGAGUAAAGAGAAUCAGCAGACAUUUUCUGAGAAUUCCCCAUCAGUGAAUUCCUUAAAUAGACCAGAUGGUUUUCAUACAAGCCAAAAUACCUCCAGUGGAGGCACAACUGCUCUGCACAAAGUGGGACAUGCUGUUUCCUUGGACACCCAUCUCAUGAUCAAAAAAGGACAGCUGACCAUCUCAAAUGGCAAUGAUGACGACAUCUCCUGUGUGUCACAUCUCACCAACAGAGAAGACCCUUUCAUACAAGGGCGACAUUGUAGCUGUCCCAGUCUGCAUUGUGCAGACCACUUUUCAGAGUCUAUUACGACAUGCUUAGACCUGGGACGCACCGAACGAUCUGUUAUUCCUGAAGCUGAGGAUGACUACAAUUUAGAAGGUAUCCAUUCUCAUGAAACUCAUCAUAGACCUUUAGGAUGCUCUCACUCACAGUCAGAAACACUGGAAAAGAUAUUUCAGAAAACUGAAGUGGUAAGGAGUAAAUCUUCCUGUUCAAGAGAAGCUGACCUGACACGCGCAGGUAGCUGGCCAUGGUUGACACCAAGUCCAAAACAAUCGCUUAGACGCUACAGCAGUAGCAGCAAUAUCGACAAGUGUGGUGCCUUUGGAAGAAGCGGAGAUUAUGAAGAUGUGUUUGAUGAUGGACUUACUACACUGUUAACACCUGUUAAACCAAUAUCAGAUGACACAGCUAAAAGGUGUCUUGAUAUACAAAAUGUUGACAGUGUGCCACAAGGUGGUGCUGUAAAGAAAGCAGGAAAGUCCCUGCCAACAGAAUCCCAUGACCAUCCUGUUGACGCAGAUUCCAACUAUGCUGACAGCCUUUCUGGAUCACAGGCUUCACUGUCAUCAACAGGAACAAGCGAAAGCAAAGGAAAGAAGACGUCUACAACAAAAAGUAUUUCUGGCUCUGUGAAGAGUAGUUCUGGGGCUAAAUCUAGAGCAAUACCCAUAAGAAAUAACAGUGUGUCAAAACCACCACCACAGCAGAAACAAUCCAGACUGGAACAAAUGCGCCAGCAGCAAAACUGCAGAGUGUCAUCAUCCAGCUCAACUGGUAAUAAAUCACAGCUUCCAAAAACAACUACAGCCAGUACAGCAGGCAGCAAUGAAGUUAAAAUGCAGAAACGGCAUACCCUGGGCACACUUCCGGAUGUGAAAUCGUUUGUGCCUCGCCCUUCAAUAAGUAAAUGGCCUGUGAGUGGUGGAAUACCUGAGCAGUCUGCAAAAGAUAAAGCAAAAUCAUCAAACCUUCCUGUUAAGAAGAUGGCUACACCAUCACAGAUUUCAAAACCACCAACGUUACUUAAGUUAGAGAAGAAAUCUGAGACGGCUUCUAUUCAGAGACGACAUAGUUCUGCUGCAAGUCGGCCACCAGUAGCCCCUAUUGUUAAAAGAGACUCUGGUUUGGUACGGUCUGAUUCAAAGGCACGCAAGGUCAGCAGGUCGGCUGCCAUUCCUGCAAAGGCCUCGACAGGUAAAGAGAAAGAAACAAGUGCUGUCGGGCAGAAGGUAGUAGGUGGCCAAAAUCUUGGUGCAAUUAAAGCCCCAAAGGGAUCAGCUCCAGCAUCUGGAUCCAAGCCACAAACAUCACGUGUGAUCAGGUCAAGCAGUUCUGUUAGAGGUAAUGGGCAAUUUUCUUGUGUCGUGGUAAUCAACUACAGUCUUUGUAGCUCUCUUAAGAAAUGUCACGGUUUGCUGUUGAGUAAAAAAUACAACAACCAACUACAAAGAAAAAUAGAAUCAACUUUACAGGAGAUGAAAGUAAUUCAGGAGAAACUUGUUGAAGAGGAAGCAAACAGUGUUAAAUUGCAAGAAGAAAUGAUGUAUCAGAGCAGCGAACAUGCUGUUGCCAUAGAAACCUUGAAGGCUGACUAUGAAAAUGUCCUGGAACAGACAAGUUCAGAACUAAAGAGAAAACACCAAGGAGAAAUUACAUUAGUUGUAGAACUUGUUGAAGAACACCAAGUGGAGAUUGAAACCAUCAAGGCUGACUAUGAAGAACAGCAGUCAGACUUCAAGGAAAAAUAUGACAAACUAGUGAAUGAGCGUGGCUCUUUGAGUAACAAGCUUCUGCAACUUCAGGAUGACAAUCAAAGGGACAUUGAGACCAGAAUUCAGGAGGCCGUCAAAAAGUAUGAGUCAUUACCAGCAGAACUUGAGAGCAUAAAAGCCGUGCUGGAGAUGAAGAAUGAGGAAAUUAAACAGCUGAGGAAGGAAAAGUUGGAAAAGCAUCUGGAGCUGGAGAAGCUUGAAGAUGUCAUAGCGCAGACAAAGAAAUUGCAGCAAGAAAAUGAAUCAUUAUCAUUUGUAGUGGAGUCAAAGUCCAGGUUUGAGAGGCAACUUUCUGUUGAGCGAGACACAUUAAGGAACAGCUUAGAAAGAGAAUCUGCAAAGAGCAAGAGACUUUCCUUGGAAAAUGAAGAACUACAGUGGCGUCUGGUGAACAGUACAAGUCCACCUGGUACUCCAACUGACGAGGGUGGCCCAACGGCAAAACGAAACAGCUAUCGCCUCUCGGCUAACUACCCCGAUGUUGAAGCUAUAGAUGAAUGAGGGUACUCAAUCCUGCAUUUAAAUAUCCUUAAAAUGUCUUCCCUGCUGUAUAGAAUCAAUUUGAUUGGGCAAGUCUGAACACAAAGGACCAAAUGAGAAGACGUUCUUGAUGUUCAAGCCAAACUACCCUGCAACUAAGGUGUCUGGUUCUUGCCCAUGCACAAAAAUGUUAACCAAAUGAAAACCAAUUAAAGGUAUUUAUCAAGAGAAAUGACUUAGACUUAACGUCAAAUCGUCAAUACGCUUUUUUUGAGCAUAAUUUUCGGAAUCGAUAAUCACUUGUGCAGUGGGAAAUGUUUUCCCAGGCGACUAUUUCAAACACUCAUUCAAUCUUUCUCUUGCAAAUGGGAAGACCUUUGUACAUCUUUUGGAGAUUAUAAGUGAUUUUAUAACAUGUUGUAGUUAGCUUAGAUUCGUAACGUAAAACUAAGAUGGGUUUUAAAUAAUUUUACCCUACUAAUAACAAUAGCCUGGUAAAAUAGUUAAAAUUUGCGGGUUUGUUCUAAAUCAAUUAUUAAAUUAUCAGCAAAUAAAAGUUUUAUGAGUUAAUGAGAAAUGAAGCAAUAUACAGAACACAUUAAAUGAAAGAAUUCAAGCAUUUUAUUUGUAACACAAAUGCAAGGAAAUUUUCAAUUAAUUGUACAAGAAUAGGAGUGACUAGCCAGUUUCAGUUCCCCAAUAUUCUUUACCCAACUCAUCAAUAUAACAUACAAAGCAGUGCAAAUUAUUUCAGAGAUCCCUAGACAGUAAUUAUUCCAUCUCUGUUGCCACUAGUCAUUAUGCAAUAUUCAUACAAUGUUGCUUUAAGUAAGUUAAUUAAAAUUUUAUUUUGCUAAUGCUUUUCUUUAUAAGAAGAUUAUUUUUGUAAUUGGAAUUGUAAUUUAAGCAGAGUGCUACCACACAAUAUUGCUGUCCACGUGAAUUAUGAGUUGUAAAAAUUUUGGUCAAGAAAUGGAAAUAUAAGCAAUGUAGAGGAAUAAAAUGGUGUGCUUACAGAACAAGGAUCAUAUUGAAUUUGCAAGACACAGAUAAAUAUAUUAAUUGAUAAUUAAUUUUUAGGUAGAAAUAGAUGGUGUCUAAAUAAAGUUAUGGUGUGAAGAAUUA